CCAAACCUUUACCGUAUCUUCUUUGCAUCUCCCCUUGUCUCCUUUUUCUUACAUUUUCGUAUACUAACAACUCAAAAGAGUUUCCUAUAUAAACCUAACCUUAUUCUCUUAUCAUGCUUCAUUACUCGAAUGCAACCAUUCAUCCACUGCCCAAGAAAACCACCGCUCACUUCUGCUUUCCACCUACCAAACCUCAUUAUAAACAACAGAACAAGAAAAGAAACAGAGACAUUGCUAUUUAGACCCAUUGUCUGAAAACGGACACCAUUAGCGAGUUCGACGGAAACCCGUUUCUAAAAUUCAGAUUUUAGCAUAUUGGUUUUCGCUAUCCUUGACAAUUAUGAAGAAAAUUAGAGGGUUCAAGCUUGGACGCAAGCUAGUGAAGGUAUUCAAAUGGGUAAGCCGUCCCGGAAGAAAAAACUGCAUGAAUAGUUUGUUGAGACCUCCGACACCAAGCUACAACCCGUUAUCCAGAAUCUGGUCUUUUGCGAGGUUUCUUCGAGGUGGAAGGAAGGAACUGAGUAGUUGGAAGCUGGAUCCAGGUUAUAUCCAAUUGGGUGAGAAGGGAGUGAAGCGGGUUGAGGUACCCAAGGGACAUCUCGCAGUGUACGUUGGCGAAUCAGAAGGUGAGACGAGGAGGGUGGUAGUGCCUGUGAUUUAUUUCAAUCACCCGCUAUUCGGGGAGCUGUUGGAGGAAGCGGAGCGGGUUUACGGGUUCAAUCAAUCCGGCCGGAUCACUUUGCCUUGCGGGAUUUCAGAGUUCGAGAAGGUUAAGAUGAGAAUUGCCGAUUGGGAUCAUUGCCGACGGACACAACAUCGUUGCUAUUUGUAAUGAAAUUUUCUUAUAUUGGCGGAUUAAAAUUUGGUUUUAUUACACAAAAAGAAAAAUGUUAUCCAGUUUUGUGAGUAUUGGAAGUCAAUGGGUUUUCUUUUCCCUUC